UAGUACUAGUGUUCCUUGGCAUGGCUUCUGCCCCUGGUUUUCCAUCCAAACAGGAUAUUUAUCCACCACCAUUGCCAUUUGCCAUUUGCCAUUUGCCAUCAUACCAUGCUGCUCUGCCAUUCCUUCAAUCUCUCACCACAUCCAUCCACCCUUUUGUACCCAUCCAAUCCACCAUUCACAUCUCAAUCUUCACCAACGCACAUGUAUCAUAGUUUCCCAAUAUAAAGGUCCCAUCUUUGUCCUUCGCUUCCAUCCUCUACCAUCGAAAGCAACGAUUUUUUAUUGGUUUUUGGUGUUUUUGGUGUGGUGGGGGAUUUCUUUGUUUGUUUCAUGAGGGUCGACGGGCAGCUGGUUGAGAAGCCUUAUAAAUCCUCGUCUAAGAAGAUUAGGCGGCGGCAGAAGAAGGCGGGAUCCAUGCAGAGUGCUGUUCAGAGGCUUUAUGAUGUUUGCAAGGAUGUUUUCGCUGAUGGCGGCGCCGGUGUUGUGCCGCCACCUGAGGAUGUUGAGCGGAUUCGAUCCGUUCUUGAUAGUUUGACUCCGGCGGAUGUGGGGCUUUCGCCGAACUUGCCCUUUUUCAAGAAAACUGAAUACAAAGGGCCUCCUGCCGUGCGAUAUCUUCACCUUUACGACUGCCCCAGAUUCUCGAUUGGCAUUUUUUGUUUACCUCCAACUAGUUGCAUCCCUCUCCAUAAUCAUCCAGGAAUGACUGUUUUCAGCAAACUUUUAUUCGGUUCGAUGCACAUAAAGUCCUACGACUGGGUAGAUGUUCCUGAAAACUUUAAUCAGCCAUUAAAAUCUGGACAUUUUCAACCACCGGGGAUGCGGUUGGCUAAACUUCACCGGGAUGCUGUUUUUACUACACCCUGCGAGACCUCCAUUUUGUAUCCAUUGGCAGGAGGCAACAUGCAUCGUUUUACUGCAGUGACCUCCUGUGCUGUUCUUGAUGUGCUCGGGCCACCUUAUUCCGAUGCGGAAGGAAGGCCCUGUAUGUACUACAAUGAUUUCCCGUAUGCGAGUUUUUCUGGAGACACUGAUUCUGUGCCCGGGAACGGUGACGAGUAUGCAUGGCUUGAAGAAAAGGCUAAACCCGAUGAAUUCUUUGUACUUGGAGCAAAGUACACCGGACCGAAAAUCAUUGAGCGCUGAUUCUAUUAUCAUCAUGAUUUUGCCGUCUUCGCUGCGCCGGCACCCAUCCUUUGAAAUCUGCUUGUGUAAAUACCUGAAUUGAAAGUCUCAACAAAAGGAAGUUCACAGAGAAGAGUUUUCUGCCAUUGCUGUAGCAUGUUUAGAACUCUUAAGUCAAACAGUUGUUCUUUGUAUAAAAAAUCUUCAGUCAGAGUAGUUCUAGAUGUACAAUCAAACGGUCAACCAUGCUUUUAGUCUUUUUCUUAAAUCUUUGUAUACUUGAUAACAAAGCAAUUGUUCUUUCAUUGUCUCUGAGAUCUUGCUUCCUUCAAGCACACUGAAUGAAAAGUGAAAACAGAAACAGAAUAAAGUUUGUCA